GGCGGCCUGGUGCUGCGGCUGUUGAGCGGGGUGUCCGGGUCCCCAGCAGCUGGAGAGCGCGCGGCGGGAGGCCGGACCUGGAUGGAGCAGGAAGAAUGGUAUAGAAAUGAAAAACAUCAACAUGUGCUUCGAAUGUGACAAGAAAAGAAUAAAGGCUCUCACGAUUGUUUGAGUUCAGACUUUACACUGGAAGGAAAGUAAACCCUGAUUUCUUAGUUUCAAUAGUGGCUCUUCUUGGAAACUGGAAAUUUCCAAAAAAAAAAGCCAUCUGUGAAGACAUGGAGUUUUGAGGAGUGAGAGAAGCCAUGGGUCGGCCAUGGGUGAUCAAGACACAGCCCGACAAUGUGGAUCAGCGUCUUCAGACUGCGGCUGUCCUGCUGUCUGCUCGCAGCGCUGAUGGUGGUGGCGCUGGUCAUCAGUGUCACUCAGGUGGAGUACUUGGACCACGAGACCGCUUCAGCCACGUUCAUAGACAGUGCUGGGCAGUUCGCGUCCUCCCAGGUGGUGAGAACCAGCCGGAAUCCUUACUGCGGCUAUGAGCGCCAGGUCCUGUCCAGCCGGGAGCGCCUGGAGGAGGACUCCUUGUUGGCCGCCCUGCAGUGGCGGGAGCCGGACGUGGGCCCAGUCCCCUUUCUGAAGAGCACCGAUCCUUCUUCCAGCUAUUUUGUCAUCUUGAACUCUGCAGCCUUCUUCAGGGUGGGAAGCCAGCUGGAGGUGCUGGUUCAUGUGCAGGAUUUUCAAAGAAAGCCCAAGAAAUAUGGCGGAGACUACCUGCAGGCCAGAAUCCACUCCCCUAGGCUCCAGGCGGGGGCCGUGGGCAGAGUGGUGGACUACCAGAAUGGGUUUUACAAGGUCUUUUUCACUCUGCUCUGGCCAGGUCAAGUUAAAGUGUCCAUAUCUCUGGUCCACCCCAGCGAAGGGAUCCGAGUUCUUCAGAACCUGCAGGAAAAGAAACCAGAUAGGGUCUAUUUCAAGAGCCUCUUCCGGUCAGGGAGGAUUUCUGAAACUACGGAGUGUAACGUGUGUCUUCCUGGGAAUCUUCCCCUCUGCAACUUCACAGACCUCUACACUGGGGAACCCUGGUUCUGCGUCAAACCAAAGAAGCUCCCUUGCAGCAGCAGAAUUAACCAUUUCAAAGGUGGAUACCUGAAGGGCCUCCUCACUGCUCCAGAGAAUGCUUUCUUCCAGAGUGGUGUCAAUAUCAAAAUGCCAAUCAACUCCAGUGGACCUGAUUGGGUGACUGUGAUCCCCAGGAAUGUAAAAGAAACCAACAGCCUAGGACUAUCUCAAGGUUUAGGAACUUUUCCUUCUGGUUAUUAUUACAAAGAUCAGUGGAGGCCCAGGAGGUUUAAGAUGCGCCAGUUUAAUGACCCUGAUAACAUUACAGAAUGCUUACAGAGAAAAGUGGUGCAUUUUUUUGGUGACUCGACAAUCAGACAGUGGUUUGAAUACCUCACUACAUUUGUUCCAGGUUGGUACUUUGCUUUUCAUUUCGUAACUCCCACACAUACAAGAUCCAGCUCUGAAAUAAGCAGACCCAGCCCGGUCCCUGCAGAAAGGCAUCAGGUGAGGGAAAACUGCCUUCUCUGAAGGACUCAGGGCGGGUCCUAAUGCUGGAGA